ACUCUGAUUAUAUUUAAUCACUUUAAUUAUUUCCAACCUUAUAAGACAGGUGUAAAAUCAAUCAAUAGUAAAAUCAACCACCAUGCGGACGGUUCUUGUAUUCCUCUUGCUGCUUUCUACUCGUGUCCAGCUGCAUCGCAUCCGCGGAGGUCACAAUAUGACAUUGGUGAAAUCCGUGUUGUCAGCCAUUCGCGGCAGGGAGAAGUGGAAAAAUACGCCUAUUUUUAUGGGAGCCAAGGUGAAUUCGAAUGACCUGAACAACCUGAUGAUGUGGCUACAACAUACUAUGGAAGUAACUUGUCACACGGUGGAUUCAUCUACCCCAGCGCAUAAGCAACAUCCACUGGGUCACUAUAAUAUCAAUGCGGACGAUUCUAUCAGUCUUCUGUUUUGCCAAAGCAGCCAGGAACUGAUUUGGUUUAAUAUGGACAAGGGUCUCCGACGAUUACAUCGUGUUCGGCUGAUUGUAGUUUUACCCAUCAAGCGAAGUGCAUCUUACAAGUCCAUAAUGGGCAUAUUCAAGAGACUGUGGAACUUUCAGUUCCUCAAUGUUCUUGUUCUACACAGAGAUCAGAUUUACUCUUAUACUCCUUACCCGGAUAUACGUUUCUUUACGCUGGACCUAAAUUCUGAUCCGCUUUUUCCGCCAUUUACAAACGAUUUCCAAGGCUACAUGGUAUCCACACCAGUGGGAAAUGAUAUACCUCGUGUGUUUUUUGUAAGGGAUCCCAAAACUGGAAGCAAGAAGAUCAGAGGAUACGGAUAUCGCACAUUCGUGGAGUAUCUGAAGCGUCACAAUGCCUCGUUGCAUGUGAGUAACCCCCACCAGGAGCAUGCCACCAACAGUAGUGUGAAUAUGGGACGGAUUAUGGAGCGGAUAAUGCAAGGCCAGUUGGAGAUAUCAUUGCAUCCUUAUGUGGACGUGCCGGAGACUAUGGGAGAUCACAGCUAUCCGUUGCUAGUGGCGCCCAAUUGCCUAAUAGUGCCGGUCAGAAAUGAAAUAUCUCGUCACAUGUACCUCCUGCUGCCUCUAAACCAGUGGAGUUGGAUAACGCUACUCGGAUCUGUGAUCUAUAUUAGCGCAGUACUCUACUUGACUAAACCUGGUCAGGAACGUCGCACGUGGGAUCAGAGGAUUGGCUUUAAUCUCCUGGACGGCAUCAGUCGGAUAAUAUAUAUUUGCUCGCCCUCAAGAGUUUACUGCCCAACACUGCGGUACUUCAUGGUUUCAUUACAGCUCACUAUUCUGGGAUUUGUAGUUACCAACCUGUACAGCAUCCAGUUGGGCAGUUUCUUCACCACUUUGGUGGUGGGUGAGCAAGUGGAUAGCAUGGAACAGCUUAUCCAGCAGCAGCAAAAGGUCCUGGUCAAACAUUACGAGGUCAGCACGCUCUUGCGUCAUGUGGAGCCCCACUUGGUUGACGGAGUAUCCCGACUUCUAGUGGGCGCCAAUGCCAGUGAACAGGUGUCCGCUCUGCUGGCUUUCAAUCGCAGUUAUGCCUACCCUUUCACCCUGGAGAGGUGGGAGUUUUUCUCCCUCCAACAGCAGUAUGCCUUCAAGCCCAUCUUUAGGUUCUCAUCAGCGUGCCUGGGAUCCCCUAUCAUAGGUUAUCCGAUGCGAGGCAACUGCCAUCUGCAGCCCUCGCUCAACAUAUUUAUAAUGCGGAUUCAGGCGGCAGGACUCUUGCAGCACUGGUUCGUUUCAGACUUCAACGAUGCAAUGCGCGCGGGUUACGUUAGACUCCUAGACAACGUCCUUGGAUUUCAUUCUCUGGACAUCGAUUCCUUGCGCCUGGGAUGGGCAGUCCUUGGAUGUGGAUGGCUGUUAUCAGCAAUAAUAUUCCUUUGCGAGCGCUUGCGCUUUUACCAUCGCCCCUAAUUCAGGCUCUAAUAACGUAAUUAUAUCUACUUUACACUUAACCUGUCAAUAAAAUAAUUUGGGCACACCAAUUAUACCAUA